CACUCCCUCUCUCUGUUCACCUUGUCUGUUCCGGCUGUAUGGUUUAUUGUUGCGUCAGAGCCAAAGAGAGCCAGCGAGAAGCAUGCCGGGGGAGAGCACUCACAGAUCUGUCCCCACCGACAAACAUCCAGAGCAGGGAGCUGAGGAGACAGGGCUCCCUGGACCAGACAUGACCAGACACCCAUCUACUGACUCCACCCCUAGCGACAGUGGCUCCUCCCCUAGUGACAGUGGUUCUAGCCCCUCUCCCAGUACUCCUCAGAAGCUACUCCCAGCAUGCACCUCUCCAUUUGGACCACGCCUAUUUCAUGCAACACCUAACUCCUCUGGUACUCCAAGACCUCAACCUGAAGGCUCUGACCAUCGCAACAACACACCCAGACUGUCUGGAAAGUUAGGUGGUCAUGGACCGUGUGGCCGCCAUGUCCCUGUUAAGAUGGAGAGAAUCAAGGUCCUGACUGGUUCUGAGGUGGAGAGUGACUAUCAAGAGCCACAGACCAUUGAUGCACGGGUGGUGAUGGGUCAAGAGACACUGCUCAAAACAACAGAAAUCCGAAAAACGACCCCCAUCGCUGAGCCAAGUGGUCAGGCUAUCCCUUUGCCACCUAUUCCAAGCUUUUCAGGUCCUCAGUCACAAGCAAAAGAGACCCAGCUGGAAACCAGCAAAGAGGAAAACCAAGCCCAAAGCUCCCCAAAACAGCAGGAUCAGCAAAUAGACCCUGUGCAGCCUCCAACCACACUCCCUUCCCCUUUUCAGAACCCUCCAUGUCCUUCUGCCUCCUCCCAAGAGCAAAUCGCAACAGAUGACAAUUUAAAAGACAACCAGGAAGAGGAUCAAACCCUUUCUCUUGACGAAGUGCCUUCCCUUCCUGUUUCUGAGCUGGCCUGUCCAGUUGCUUUGUCCUUCUCUGAGCCGGCUUACGCUGUCGACCCACUACGAGUAGGUGUGCCCUCAUCUCUUGACCCUGACCUGUACUAUACCGCCCCUUCCACCCCAAUAAAGAUGGCCUCCCGCUCUUCACACCUUAAACAUCAUUCAUAUCCUGGCUCUCCAGCAUGCCCACUCUCCCCUGGCUCUCCCUCAGACAGCGAGGACCUCUGUUCCCCUCUCACCUCUCCCUCUGGCUCUUAUAUCACAGCGGAGGGAGGCAGCUGGACCUCCUCUUACACAUCUUCCACCUCCCCCUCCACUUCUCCCAACCUGCUUCUCACAGAAGAAACACAGGAGGCCCCUGCUUGCUUUGUAGGUUCCUUAUCAGAAAUUGGAGAUGAAGUUGGGGAAGAAAAGGGACGAGCAGGUCCAGAACGGGAGGAGGAAAGGACAGGAGACUUCUGCCUGUACCGUCCUGAGGAUUUUGUCAUGAAUUCACGGAUGGGUAUAACAGGAACAGUGAUCCUCGAGGAGGAUGAGGCUCUAAAAGGGGAAGAGAUAAAGGUUUCCAGAGAAAGUUGCCGUCCUUGCUGGGUGACUGAGGAUUCAUCCCCCCUGAGGAGCAGUAGCAGCCGUAGCAGUGAUUCCCAGGAAGAUGGGGGAGAGUCUGAAAGCUCACUCUGCCCACUGGAAGAGGCUGUAGCAGGGAGAGUGGGGUACUCUAGACCCAUGCAGACAGGCCUGAAACUGCAACUGGAUGCAUGUAUAUCAGAGGAACAUUAUGGACAGAUGGAUGACCACCCAGAACUACCCUCCACUGCCUUGACCCCAGACACAGAGAGCAUGACCAUGGCCUCAUCUAGCCUUAGCCCUGACUCACCUGUCAGCCCCCUGGAUGCCUUCUGUCCUGGAGCCUUUGGUAGGCUCGGCCACAGUUCUUUCAUGCUCUCCCAAGCAGCCUGCACUGAUGAUAUACCAGAGGAGGAAAGGAUGAUCCCUGCCUCCCUUAUUUCCUUUCCCCUCCACACUAGCCUUAUCUUUAAGGCCGAUUCAAUGGAAAUCACCCUCUUCCCCACAGAAGAUGAGAAUGAUAUAGGAGAGGAUAAUGACAGAAAUGAAGGCAAGGAUGUUAAUGCUUACGCAGCAGGAGAAGAGGAAGCAGAUGUCGAAGAUGACGAUGAUGAUGAGGAAGAGGAUGAUGAUGAUUAUGAUUAUGAUGAUGAGGGUGAUGGCAAUGCUAAUGGUGCUGCUGAUGGUGAUGACGAUGAUGAAAAUAAUGAAGAUGGUGACCAUGAUGUGGCAAGUGAGGAAGCUAAGGUAGAGGUGAAAGUGGUAGAGGAGGAGGAGGAGGGGGAAGAAGAAGAGCAGGAAGAGGAUGAUGAGGACUGUGACAGCAAAGCAGUAGAGGAUCCUACAGAUGAGGACAGCUCAGCGUCCUUCCUUCAUUCACUUUCAGAGACAUCUAUCAAUGAGGGGUUGGACGAAUCUUUCUGUUUCCAAGACGAUACAGAUGACUCAUUAGAUUCUGCCUCCUAUAACGGGGAAGAAGACGAACGUCUAUACAGCACUGAGAGGCAUGCACAAUCACUCGAACCCACACCAGUGGAUGCAGUUGAACUAACAGGAGUCCAAACAGAACCAGAACAGGGGUCUACGACUAAAACAGGUCAAACUGAACCUAUGCACACACAACCGAGCACAGAGGAACUUGUGGAUCAGCCCCAAACCACCUGUCUUUCUGAAUCCAUCGCUACCAACCCCAAAGGCAACAAUACAGAACCCAAACCUCUGGAUGAACCUUCACCCCCUGAACCCCAGUCAGAUACUGAACUGGAAUCUGCCAGUGGAAUAGGUCAAACAAAACCUUUGCACAUACAAGUGAGCACAGACAAACCAGUAGAUCCUUCAGAAGCAAUGUCUCAUCAACCAGAGUCCUCCAGCAACCUGGAUGAGAGUGGUAGUGAAAGUGAGAUGAUGGAUAUCUCUGGUUCUUCCAACCCUCUUGAGCAGCCUAAAGACAGUCCAUAUUUAAAUCUUUCCACCACUCCUGUUGUCAUUUGUGGUCCACCUGACCCUGCAGCUGAGUUCCACACCUCUCCUCCUUCUGCUGCUUCUGCACAGGAGAUAAAAGACCUUAACAGUUCAGGUCUUCUGGAAAAAAUGGCUGGUGAAAAUCCCCAGAUAAAAGAUGAUGAUUUGGAAGAGAGCAAUGAUUAUUCAGGUGAGGAACCCACAGAAGAACCACUAGAAAGAGACUCUUUCAAAUUGCUCAUCAAGCCUCGUCAUUAUCAGCCAGAAAGCCGCAGGACUGUAGGAGUAAGUAGACUUGCAUUAUCGAAGUCUUUCUCCAAUAAAGCAGAUGUGCUUGGAGGUGCAAAGGCCUUAUGUAAGACCAGUACUCACAGGGAGUCUGACAUUGAGCUUGACCAGAGGAAUGGGAAUGCCUCAGCUGAGUCAAUGAGUAUGGAGUGUAGAAGCCUUGAUUCUGCCACCAAUGACUUGAAUAAGGGUGUUCUUCUUCUCUCCUGCCCCAAAGACCCUAGUCCUAACCCCAGUAAUAUCCCUGUUUCUGCCUCUCCAGAGAUAAUCUCAGAACUUGCUGACAAUCUGGCCCUGACCCCUGACCACUGCCCUGGUGACUCUGCCCAGGAAAACCUGAGAGAAAACACUCUGACUACUGAUGAGGGGGUGCUGGGAGCUGUUGGAUCCCCACACUCCCCCCUUGCUAUCUCACCCAAACGGGAAAACUCAGAAACAGACAGCAGAGGUGGGAGCAGGGAGAUGUGUCCUGAAUCUGGAGCAUGGUGUAAUGACAGGAUGGGCCUGGGGUUUGGUCUAGGAUUAGGAUCAGGGGCUGACUUUGGUGUCUGGGGAGCAGGGGAGUCUCUCUCCCUGUCUCUGGGGAAGAGGUAUGAGUUAGAGGCAGAGGGUCUGCUCAUGUGUGACACAGAGGGCCAAAGCACACAGACGGCCAUGGUUCCCAACAUGAGCAGUGAAGUGUGCGAAAAUUAUGAUAAUGUUUUGGGUUCUGUUCUGGAUGAGGAAGACAACAACAGUCUGUGUGGAAAAAGGGACCGGAUGGCAGAUGAAGAAUUGGUAGGAGAGGGAGCUUCUGAGUCCAACUUGGCUUGUUGGAGAUCAAUUGAGGAGAUCUCUGAAGCAGGGGGAGGAGAGGAUGGAAGCUCCAGAUUCCCAGAGGAUGAUGUUAGUAAUCUAAAUCCAGACAAUGAUGGCGAUAACACGGACACAUUAAUACAAGACACAUGGAAGAAUUCAAACAAUGACAAUGACUCUGCCUUUAACUCCUUGGAAGUGGCCAUGUGUGGAAGUCUGAAUGCUCUAUCAGAGGAAGUGAGACCCCAAAGUGUGAGUAUCAGUGUAAGAGAAUCUGUGUCUAAUAUUCCACUCGAGGAAAUGCCACCUCAACUCUCUGACACAAUGCCUGAUGAAGGGGAACAAAAAGACAGCUCCGUAAACCAGGCUUCAGACACUAAACAAACACAAUCCUCUAAGGACGAGGCCUGUGGCAUAUCAGUGCCAUUAGUUGAAACUCACAUGGACAAAGUGGCAACAACCGAGCCUCUCAGCUCAACAGAUAAAAUCAAGUCAAGAUGUCAUACGAGUCCAGAGUGUCAGACAAUCACUCCAGAGAGUAACACAGCAUUUUCUUUGCUACAUGGAUCCUUUGGUUCCUUUACUCCUAAAUGUAAAUCUAAUGAAUCCAGACCAAGCAGAGCUUGUCAAGACAAGGUGGAAAAUACUGGUUCUCCAUCAGAACCAGAGAUAGUGGAGCCUCAGACUGAAGGCCAAAGAAAAGGUGAUGCCAGUCCUGUGACUGACGGACUUGUUGAUGAACCAAAGACUAAAGAUGCCUUUAGAGGACAGCAACAUGUUGUUUGUAACUCAGGGGAAGAAGAUGAGGAGGAAAAGGUGAAAGAGAAAGCAAAAAAGAGAGGCGAAGAGAAAGAUGAUGAGAACAAAAGGGAAAGAAAAACCUCUCCUGCACAUAAUGGCCCAGAGCACUUUCCGUGUCACACCCCAAAAGGGGAACUUUGCACAGAUAAACCAAUUGCUGCUAAGAAGGGGAGGAGAGGGAAGCAGAACAAACACAGGGCAUCCCAGACAGCCAGUCAUGUUGACUCUAGCCCCGAAUCUGUUGAUGAUCCAAAGAAACCUUCUGUUCCAUUAAAUACCACAGCAGAUGGACGGUCAAAGGGGGUCUCAGACACUUCUACAACGAAGACAGGCCAAAAGGCAAACAACAAAGCUUCAACAUCGGACUGUCAACAGAGGACAUCUGGGACAGACAAAGUUCAAUUUGGUUCACAGAUGCGGAGGGAUAACAGUCCCAGUCCUGAUGUCAUAAGUCCUAGUCAUGGAUACUGCAAUUCUACCACACAUAUCCCAGACAACCUCAACGCUGGGUUGGCAGUGAACCAAGAAUUACAUCAGGAACAGGAAGUGCUUGAUAACAGACCACUACCUGAUAGUCAGAGGGGAAUCAUGGUGGAUAUUAAUGACAACAACAUAGAUACUGGCCACAGCCCACCUGCCCAUGACACCAUAUCAUACUCCCUGACUCCACUGUCUUCCUCACCCUCUCCUGUUUCCUCUUCCUCCCCUCUACCAUGUGCCUCAACAGAGCCAGAGGAUGAUCUUUCCACACCUGUGCAGGAAUCCCAACCUGUCCUCUCAGCCCAGCAACAGCCUUCACUGUCCAUAUGCCACUCCACCCCUACGCUUCGCUCUACCUCCCCCACAGUACAACAAACCUCCGAUUCCCAAAUUCUUCCUAACAAGAACCUCCAAGAGGUCACUGUUGUCCUUUCUGCAUCAACUACAUCUACCACAAAUGUCUCUUCACCCUCAUUCUCCACUGCCAUGCCGUUAAGCCUGUCCCAGCCUACCCAGGAGUCGUCUUCACCUGCACCUGGGACUGGAGAUUCAGCAUGUGUUCCAGAAUCUAUUUCCCAUCCCCAGUCUCAGGCUAAUCUCAACAUCCAGCCUCACAAACAAAUCAAGCAAGGCUGCACGUGGAGCACACAAGACAGGUGCAGAGGUCCCAGUUUGGCUGAGGAGGAGACAGACAGUGAGGAUGAUGGUGGACUGCCUCGGCAUGGUCACAGAUCCCAGGCCAGAGGAGUGGCAGGAAACAGAAACGGAGCCAUGCAGAGAGAGUCUGGUCCGUCUAAUCAACGGGAAAUACAACCUUUCUCUGCCCACCAAAUAUCCGACAGACAGUCAGGCUGUCCGAUCAACCACAGCCACAAGAUUGCAGAAGAGAUCGACCUAUCCUUCAAAAACAAUUGCUCCAUAUUGGCUUCCUGUAAUGAGUCUGAGAGCGAGGGGUCAGUGCCUGAGCUAGAGGAGCCAGAGCCACUGAGACCAUCAGAGCCCCAGUCUAUCUCCUUUGCAGAUGAAGGGCUAAACAGACCGAAACAGAGCCGCAGUGAGAAGAAGGCCCGCAAGGCCAUGUCUAAACUGGGUCUGAAGCCGGUCCAUGGUGUGACUAGAAUCACCAUUAGGAAGUCCAAGAGUAUCUUGUUUGUCAUCAGCAGACCAGAUGUGUUCAAAAGCCCCGCAUCAGACAUUUACAUCGUAUUUGGAGAGGCAAAGAUUGAGGACCUAUCUCAGCAGGCUCACAAAGCAGCUGCUGAGAAAUUCAAGGUGCCUGUGACCUCUUCUCCCUUGGCCCCACCUGUCCCACCCAGUCUCACCAUUAAGGAGGAGAGUGAAGAGGAGGAAGAAGAGGUGGAUGAGGGAGGUCUUGAGCAGAGGGAUAUCGAGCUGGUGAUGGCUCAGGCCAACGUGUCACGAGCCAAGGCCGUCCGUGCACUGAAACACAACAAGAAUGACAUUGUGAAUGCUAUCAUGGAGCUGACCAUGUGAGUGGUGAGGAUGAUUUGACUCCUGACCCCCUCCUCCAGCCUAUAAAGCCUAAACGCCAUUGACUCUUCUGUAUCGCUGCUACUGUAUGUUGCAUCCCCAAUAUCUGCUAAAUAAAGUCUGUUCCAACGUGGGCUUUGAGUCCACUGUCAGAUUGACUUUACUGAAAAGAUUAAAGAUGGUUUGAUGUAGGUGACACUCCCCGACCGCCGCACAACCCUGCAGCUAAGCGCCUCAACCACUGAUUUUGUGUGAAUGCAGCUGAACUUGUUUUAAAAUUAUAGGGGCAGCGCAGUCUUUUACGUUCUGCAAAUUCACAAGGCUCAUAUUUCAAACUGCUGUUCCCUGUUUUCAGGAUUAGUCCGUCAAUCGACCAACCAACGCCCACACCUUUUUGCAUUGUCUUUGCUAAUCUUUCAAAAACUAUCGUAUCAUUAUAUAUCAUACU